GAAGGAUUAAUAAAACAUUUAAUUUUUAAGCAAAAUACAAACUACCGCAAAAGCAAACGGGUUUUUCUGUCUUGGCUUGUCUGUUUCAUUCGGUGUGGGUUGCGCUAUAGCUCAGCAUGUAUGUAUGUAUCAACAACAAAGACGGUUUUGUCGCAUUUGGUGUGCGUUGGCUGCAUGAAAGUACAUACAUAUGUACAUAAGAAGUUUGACAACAGCUCUUCAAACAAGUCAGAGCACGAGCAUGCGUUUUCGUUUCGUUUCGCUACGGCGGAACGCACACCGAAUGAAACAGACAAGACAAGACAGAAAAACCCGUUUCGUUGCUUAUAGCAGCACUGUUGUUUUUCAUAGGCAAAAUUGCGCAUUUUAUUUGUGCUUUCAUUGUGCAUACAAAUUGUUAUAAUGAACAUUGACGCGGAAAAAUUAGUGUUUUUGAUCGAGGCAAGGAGCCCAAUAUUUAAUAAUAAAAUUAAAGAUCACAAUAAUAAAUUAAUAACGGAAAAACUAUGGGAAGAAAUAGCUACCGAAAUGAAUAGUGAAGUAGCAGCAUGCAAAAAUAAAUGGAUAAAUUUACGGAACUCAUAUUCGCGAUAUUUGAGGGAAGAAAAAAACAAACCAUCUCGAUCGAGUGGUAAACAGAAGCGGAAGUGGUACUUGGCUGAUGCAAUGUCUUUUUUGAAAGAAUUUGUACAUCAGCAUCGUGAUAUGAGCAGUAUUUUACCUGUAAAUAGCACUGACAUCGAAGAACAAACUGCCGACAUGUCGCAAUAUGAUUUUACAGAUGCAGUAAGUAACGACAAAAGCAGUCCAAUACCUACGAAGAAGAGUAAGACAUCUAUAUCUGAGAUGAUAGCAGGACCAAUGAUUGAGUUCCUAAACUCCAGAACGAAGCAGAAACCAAAAGAAAAUGGAAAUGAAUUAUUUUUUAAAAGUUUGCUGUGUGAUUAUGAAAAACUCUCCAGCAAAAGACAAAGACUAUUCAGAAUGUAUAUGCUAAAUAAAAUGAAUCAAUUUCAAGAAGAAGAGGAAAAUGAAUAUUUAGGUACCUCAAAGUCAUCGUCAGUCAAGAGAUUAUCUAAUAAAAUAUAUGAAUCCAAAUAAAUAUUUGUGUAAUUAAUAGUUUAUAUUUUCAUACUGAUCAUGGUAAAAUUUUACCAAAGAAGGGAUUUUGAAUGAAACAUACAUUGAUUUUAAGUUUAAAAA